AUGGCCAGCGUAUCAGCGUCACUCGCGCCGAUAAAUGUGUCAUUUGAUGACCCAAGCCCAGUGCUAUGGCCGUCCACCUAUACACUCUCUGGAAUCGGUGAUUACCCCUUCGGACCACCUCAGGACGAUUCAAUAGAAGCCUAUGUCGAACGACGUUAUCUCGAAUGUCUCUGGAUGCCUGAAAUUCUAGAACCUCUAGCGUCUCUUGUGCCUGCCUUGCAACGCGUAGUGCCUCCAAGCGACUGGACACCCGCAACUGGUCCCCAUCCCCUACAUGCCUUUUUAGACGAACAUUUGUUGAAUUUGGUCGACAUUCACAAGAAGUACAGGAAGACUAUACCAGCUCUACUUGAAAAAGAAGGAGACGCACAGGAUGCUGAAGAAGCCUGCAUCUUUUACGCCUGGUCACAUGCACAACCUUCAGACGAAUCUGUCAAUGAGGAGAAAUGGGGGAAGGAGUGGUUGCAUGAAGCAGAGAAGCGAGAGAUUCUCGUGCAAAUCCUCCUUCGAAUGCUAAAACUCACUCUUCCAUCACCCCCUGUUCCAAAACGCAAACGAAGCAAGGACAAAAUUGAAUCGAAAGGAACCUCUUACGAAGAGGUGAUAUCAGGACUGGAAAUGCUAAUUGAUCGAAUAGGCAUCAUCCGUCAAACGGCGACUUCGUCACUAAAGAUGGACCAGGAAAAAGCGAUGGGCAAGGCGGAUAAUCACGAAAGAGACUGGGCAGCUGUAUUUUGCGAGGAUGUGCUCAAGCCUUUGUUCGAAGAAUCCCUUCCAGAUCAAUAUGAAACGCUGAGAUACCACUGUAUGCCACCACCCUCGCGAGACCCGUCUCCCACCCCAUCCGACGCAUCUAUAAUCGACCUAACCCAUUCUCAACCCAACUCUCAGUCUCAGUCACAAUCACAAUCUCAACUACAGAUCCAACAACCAGCCCGAAGUCUGUCCCGGGCAACCUCAAUCUCAUCCCGCAUCGGAUCCUUCACCGCCCGGUCCCUCUCUCGCGCUUCGACAAGCCAAAGCAGAAGUAGAAGUGGAUCUGUUGAACUCGAUCCUGAUGCGCGAGCACGAAGCAGGAGUCGCAGUGUUUCGUUUGCUACCAGGAGUGCAGGAGGAAUCCGAGCGCCUGUUAAAGCUGGCCUGAAACCAAAGGGAGGGAAGGUCAAGCCGAAGCAACCGAGCGCUGCGCCAAGUAUGGGACCUAGUAAACCUUCGCGAACAUCUGUACCUACGGCCGAAUCCCAAUCCCAACAAACCCAGUCUAAAGUUCUUGUUGCUGAAACGCCCCAAAAGCCAUCGCGCACAAUGAGUCGUGAGGUAUCGAUUGGCGGGUCGUCCUUUAUGCAGCGUCUGCAGGGUCAAAGUAUGGGAAGAAAGGUGUCGUUGGACAAGUCAGCGUUUGAAGAAUUUAUGGUAUCCUCACCUGAGCGAUUGGGUAGUAGCGAUUUUGAUUUUGGGGACUUGGCUUUGGAGACUCCGAGGAAGUAA